AUGGCGUCUUUAUUCCAACUGGAUGAAAAGACAAAGCAGCUCUUGACACUAGACAAUUUCCUGGAUGGAAUGACCAUCCAGGAUUUUGUCGAGUAUCUGGCAUCAAAGCUCUCUGAACGGGCCGGUUAUGACGGAGCCCAGGCCGUUGAUCAGCUAGACCCCAAACCCUACAUUCGCACUUUUGAGGCGUGUUUAAAAGAAUUGAACAAACUGAGCGAAGAUUGUCUUUCUAAGAAGUCCAAGUUUGAGAAGAUCGCCGAAGUCAAGCAGACAGAUCAUUAUUCCAACGUGUUGAAACUCGCCCCAAAGGCCAACAAACUCAACACCAGAUUUGUCCAGCUGGACUCCCAAGUUUCGCAGAUCAACGCCGACAUCAAGCCGCUUGGAGACAAGCUCACACAGACAAACAAUCUGAAGGAGAAUACCGUCACCUUGAUCUUCUUGACAAAAUGCUACAACGAGUUCUACACAAAGAAACAGGCCCCUGCAGAAUUGGCAAAAAUGACAAGAGACAGAAAGGCGUCGACUUUGAACCGGCUGUUGGAGCUGUCGUCGAAAAUAUCGAGCAACGAGCUGCCUAACGCAAAACUGACCCACCAGCUGAUCCAGGAGUACUGCAAUCGGUUCGAGAUCGACCUGUUGAACGAAUUCCACGAGCUGGAUCAUUCCAAAAAUUAUAGACGUCUCCAGGAACUUUCGCAUUUGCUAUUUCUGUUCAACGACGGUGAAAACUUGAAACAGUUCUACAUCAACAAACAUCCGAUCUUCAAUGAGUUCCAGACAACCGAACUCAACGUUGACGCCAACUAUUGGCAGAAAAUGAGCGAUCCCGAAUUCACACAGGGCAGUCUUGACGGAAUCACCAAAGCCAUGUUGGACGCAAUUGAAGACGUUCUCACGAAGGCCGAGUACGACGCUAUUCGACAGAUUUUCCUCGAGUACACUAAGGACGUGAUAGUUGCUUUCGUGGACCGGUUCUACAACGACCUGCUUCGCAACAGAGUCCAGCUUCUGAUGCGCGUUUCCUCUUCGUACUCGCGUCUCGCCAGCUUGCGGAUUCUCCAUCUCUUGAACACAAACGCUUUCCAAAUGACACAGCGACUAAAGACCUAUUUUGGAGACAAAGGCAUAGAUAUCAGUGUGGAGCUCGACAAGUACCAAUCCUCGUUGUUCCAUCAAUUUGUCGAUAAAGACGCCUACUUCAACCUAGAGAAAGAGAAUUUAGCCGAUCUGAUUGGUGCAUUCACCGCUCGGUUCGAGCAAAAGAACGAGAAAAUCGUGAACAAGCACUUGUUGGAGAACAAGAUCAUGCAUUCGAAGGACACAAAUGGCACCGUUCCUGGGGAAUACGACCAGGACGUCUUUGCAGACACUCCUCAACGAGAAAACUCUACACGGAGACUGCUGUCCUACAAAAAGUCCAAGAAAUUCACCUCUAUUUCCAAGUUCAUUAAAAACAUGGAGAGGACGUCGUCACUUAGAGGUAGAUUCACCAGAACAAAGCUUAUAAAUGGAACAGAUACAAACUUCAAGGCACCAGUGGACCAAUUGGACCCUGAUCUCGGCGACGGGUCUGAGAUGUCGUUGGUUAUUGCCGAGAGAAUUCUGAAAUGUGUGGUGGAGUCUCUGACUCGUGCGAUCGAGCUGAUCCCAUCAAAAAUCAACGAAUGCACUUUGGAAUUGUUCGACAUUCUCAUUGUCAACUACGGCCAAUCGUAUUUGGCCGUUGAGCUCGAAAAUCUCUACUACAACGGUAUCCUGGUCCAGCAACAAAAACUUUCCUCGUUCUUUGGUUCGAGUGAAAUCAACCUGAAAUUCUUGGAACAGAUCAACUUGAUUUCCGUUCAAGUGUAUCUGCUAUCAAUUGUGAUCAAACGCUUCUUUUAUCCGUUGAUUUUAUCCUCAGAGAUUAAAAACCGAUUAAGUGUCAUGUUCAACUCGUAUCUCCAGGACGUGGAGCUAGGAUUGAACAUUAUUGUUGACGAGCUAUUGGAGUUGAUCGAGCGCAACAUGAAACACAUCCUUAACGGCCAAUCGGCCGACGAUUUCCAACCUGCCAUUCAAACCACAAACGAUAGAACUGAAACAUGCGACAAGAUGCUUAAGUUUGUGGAUCAGCUGUUCAAGUCGCUGUACACUUACCUAAGCUUCAACCCUUCUUUGAAACUGGAUGUUAUGAAACGUAUUCUGGCAAACUUGCUGGUGUUACUGAUCAACCAUUUCACUCGUUUCCGUGUCAACUCGAUCGGUUCCUUGGUGCUUACUCAAGACGUGAUUCAUUAUAUUUCUAUAUUCGACAACUAUCCAGAUACAGAGGACAUGAAGGAACAGUUCACUAUUUUGAGAGAACUAUCCAACCUGUAUUCGUGUCAACCAGAGUUACUCAAAGAUCUGGGAAAUGAGGGCCAAUUGAUCUAUUUGAAAAAGGCAGUGCUCAAACAGUACAUUUCACGAAGAUCCGACUUUGAAGACAAGUUCUUGCAAGGAAUCUAA